CUCAAACUCUCCACCAGGUUUUCCUUCAUUCCUCUGGUCUCAGUCUAUUUUGUUCUCGGGUCAGUUUUUGUCGCCAUUUUCUCUCAUCUCUUUUGACAGGCUUCAAUCUUCUGGUCUGAGCUAAAUCUUCCUCGGGAUUGUCGCCAGUCAUCCUGAAUUUUUCCCCGCAGCUUCUAUUUUUACCCCUCUGCUCGACCUGUCACAUUGCACUCACCCACCUACCCACCAUGUCAACCACCGAGGCCCGUGAUGCGGCCAUCCGAGAGGCCAAGCAAUAUGUCCGCGACACCGUGCGAAAUGACUGGGUCUUCGAACUGUCCCCCGAAUACGGCAUCCCCUCGUUCUCAUCACCGCCCACGCCGGAGCAGGACGUGCUCGAAUGGCGCUUGCGCGAAUACGACAGUUCCGGCUCCGAACUGGAACCCCAGUCCUCCCCGACCAUCAAUCCCGCUGAUGUCCAGCAGCUGCCGGGCUUCACGCCGUCGGAGAUCUCCAGCCCGAUCACGACACCCCUGGGCGAUGAUUCGGAGCGCCGGCGCAAACGCCGCCGCCAGAUGGAGGAGGAGAUGCGCUGGAACGAAGGGCUGCGAGCGUGGGUGGAGCGACGAGAUGCGUGGUCGGGAGCCCACACCAAGGACGAGAUCCGCGCCAAAACCCUGAAAAAGCAUCAACGGCAGCAGGAGGAGGGGCACGCAACGGAGUCCUCGUUAUCGUCAUCGGACGCGGCAGUACAGAGCCCGCCAAGGUCUCCGACAAGCGACCUUGUCACCAGGACAGAAGCCGCCCUUAGUCUUGGAGAGCCGAAGAACCUGGCGCAGCUGGACGGCGAGGAGGCUGAGCCGUCAACGGUCGCGGACGACAAGAAGGACCCGACUGCGUCCACGGAAACCAUCAUCACCGAACCGGGCCCGCAGAAAGAGACCUCCAGCGCCACCACGGAGACUUCAUCCUCGGAACAACCGCAAGCGCAACAGCCGCUUCGAACACUGGAAGAGCCCUUCAUUCCCGUCGUCCCCUCGCUGAUCUCUGGGACCAAUCCCAUCCGCGCCUCCAUCACGCCAGCCAUGUACCCCUCCAUCUACUCCAAAGUCGUCAUCCAGGGCCUCACGCCCACCGUCCCUAUCAACCUCGCCGACGUCACCAAAGCCAUGGUCCAAGGCUGGAAGGCCGACGGCCAAUGGCCCCCCAAACCGACCCAGACCUCGAUUGUUCUCCAGGACGACGCGACCAUCCCUCGCCGACCAGAAGACAGCACCACGACGGCGGCAACAGCAGGCGGGGACCGGGCGCCAUCAUCGCCCGAGUCGAAACGCCGCUCCGGCGUCGCCAGUGCCGUCCGCAAGGUGUUCCAUUUCUCGGGGUUCCACCCCCACCCGUUCCACCGGAGAGGCUCCUCCAGUCAACAGAAUACUGAACCCCAAACGCAAGCUGGCGCCUUCCUCCUCUCCCUUUACUCUUGA